AUGAGCUCGUUGACGACCCCGGACCCUGUCCACGCCUCCCAACCUGUCCGCUGCAGUGAAGAUUUACCGCUAUGGUCGCCUGAGCCCACGAGGCAUGGCGAGGUCCUUGUCGGUGAUGUGGGCUACAUCCGUCAUAGGGUGUUCUAUCUCAAUGCGACGAAAGCCGCGGACGACCUUAUACAUAAGGAGUACGGCGCCCCGGAGGAGAUUCCUGAUGAUACACAAGCAUUCUUGCGCAGCGUCCAGCCCACUAUCGAGGUCAACGCGGACAAACAUUUUAAUGCAAUUGCGGCUCAGACGGCAGCAGAAGACGCGGAACAGCCAGAGACCGACGAGCAGGUACAAAUCCACCCCGAUCCCAACACAGAACCAACCCUACCACCUGAACUCGAUAUCGCCGAGAACCUCGAGAGGAGGCUUAUUGUGCGGCACGACAUCGCGUGUAUGCUCCUUGGCCUUGGCGCAGACGCUCACCGCGGCAGCUACUCCGCAAACGGCCUCUCAGUCGCCAGCGGCUAUGAAGACUCCACCAUCAUCCUGUGGUAUCCCGCCACCGGAGGUUGUAUCACAGAGCUAAAAGGGCACACAGACACCAUCUGCGCACUCGCACUCUCACCGGACAGCUCGCUGCUUGCCUCUUGUUUCCGCAAUCGCUUGAUCAUCCUAUGGAACGUUGCUGCUAGCGAGAAGACCGUCGCGCUCAACGGUCAUGACGGCUUCAUCGAGACACUUGCGUUUUCUCGGGACGGCAAAAAACUCGCGUCCGGGUCUGUCGACUGCACAGUGCGGAUAUGGGAUGUGGAGAGUGGCCAACAGCAAUCACUGUGCAAGGUCCACAACGCCCUCGUCAUGGUCGUCACGUUCUCUCCCGACGGCACUCAGCUCGCGUCCGGGAGUGCCGACUGCGACACGCGUGUGUGGGAUGCUAAGACUCGUGGAAAUUUCUGCUCUCAAGGGCCAUCAAUCCGUUACGAAGUCCCAACCCCCGCUCCGAUUCCCCGCGACGACACAUCUACGUGCAAGGUAGUUACUGUGACCGUGGAUGAUUCUGCCGCGACCUCGACUGUACGGCUUUUAUUCAGUGUGUCGUCAAUCUGGCCAGAGACUGUGCAGGACAAUAUGCCGCAAAGCACGAUAACGGGCGAGUGGAAUAAGGCACAGAACAGGGCCUGUUUCGAGGCGGAUGUCCUUAAGCUGCGUGGCAACUGCUGGUAG